GGUCAGUGCGUAUCUAUGAUUUCAUCAGCAACAGUCAACUGAGUGAAAUUAAGUUUAAACAAGGAGGAACAGCACUGACGUGGGCACCUCGUGUUGUAAAUCCUAAGGGAGGUCUAAUUGCAGUGGGGUUUGAAGACGGUGUUGUCCGCAUAAUUGAAGUUUAUGAUCCCAAAGGACUGCCCAUUCUUGCAGGACAGACCAAUACAGAGAAUGCAGCGAUAAAUCUGAAACAAGCUUUCAAACCUCAUACCGCUGCAGUUACAGCCUUGGCAUAUGAACAAAAUGGAGAUGUGCUUGCCACAGGGAGUAAAGACAAAACUGUUUUCUUUUUUGCUGUUGAAGAUGAAUAUGAGCCAAUUGGAUUCAUCUGUGUCCCUGGGCCUGUGCAGGCAUUACAGUGGUCUCCACCUUCUCAUGUGAAGAGCAUGCUGCUCAUCCUUUGUGAGAAUGGCUUUGCUCUCCAGGUUCCUGCCCCUCUCCCUGAGGAACAGGAUACAGAGUCCACCUAUCAAAUAAAAAAUCUGCCGACGCAGUACUUCCAUUUUUAUAGUAUUAAAUCGCGAAUCAAGCUGGAAGAGGAGAUUGCGCUGAGAGAGAAAAAAAAGCAGGAGAAGGAGAAAGCAAAACUGGAAUGGAUAAAGCAGCAACAAGAGAUGGGAAAGGAGAUAGAAGAAGAAGAACCUGAAGAGGAACCUGAAGAAGAGCCAUUGCCACCUCUCUACAUACCAGAGGAGCCCAGUCCCAUCCUCUGUGGGUUUUAUUCAGCACCAGGAAAAUUUUGGCUUUCCUUGGGUGGGUAUGACUCAGGGUUCCUCUAUCAUUGUGAAUUCUCAAAUGAUCACCAAGACGACCCUGAAAACAGGCAGGAUGAACCCUUUGAAGUGAUUCCUAUUGAGGACACCGACAGCAAUCCCAUCCACCAAAUCUCCUUCUGUACCAGCAGACUACUGAUGUUCUGUGGGAUGCAGAAUGGUGCACUGCGUGUUUAUCCUCUCCAGGACAAAGGCCUCUCAGUGAAUACCCUGAAGGAAUACUGGUCUUUCAAUGUACACGACAAUGAUUAUGGCCAGAUCCAGGGUAUCUGUUCUAGUUAUGAUGAUAGAUUUCUGAUCACCUGUGGUGGAGAUGGAAACAUUUUUACUUUCAACGUCUUGUCUCCAGAGGAUGUUCACAAAGAGCUGAAAGCCAAAAUCCCCUCUCCUAGGAGUGGUCUUGAGAAGGAGAAGGCUACUGAAGACAUUGAGGAUCCCAAUGCCUGCAACAUUGAGGAAGUCAAGCAGAAAAAGGAGUAUGAACGGAUAAUGAAGGAAGCUGAAGAAAAAAAAAACAAGAAAAGAGAGGAGUUAAUUGCACUAAGGCAUGAGUUUCUUGUUCUCCUUCAGAAGAAUCAGGAGUUGCCCAAGCACAUGCAGCUGCCCAGAGAGCAGUAUGAGAUGGACCAUAGGAUCUUUGAGGAGCUGGAUAGGCAGACAGCACAGAGAAUCCAGUUAGUGCAAAAAGAGCUGGCAUGGGAGCAUGAGAAACACUUGAUUGGACUGCAGAAACUACAAAAUCAGUUUCGGGACUCACUGGAAUUUGACACUGUUGUUGUUCAUGCUAUUCAAAGCAAUCAUCAGAUUUCCACCUACAGACUUCUAGCAAUGUCCAAGAAAUACUACCAAGAUAAGGAACAUCUGUCAUGGAAGAGCACAGUACUUGAGCAGGCAUGGAAAGAAGCAGAAGAAACAGAGAUCGUCAGAGAGACAAGGCAUGCUAGAAUUUUCAAGGGCGAGGCUGAAAAGCUGAAGAUGUCAGAGGUCCGAAAGCCAGCCACACGUUACAUAGAAAGCAAACGUGAGCAAAUCAGAAGAACUGUUGAGAAAUCUGACAAGGUGAAGGCUAAGAUCAUGAAGAGGAAGGCAGAGUGGGAUGAAUUAUACAAGAGCAAACCUAGCGAUGACUAUGAGAAUCCCAAGGAUGUUGAGGCCAUCAGAGAAGCACAGGAAAAUAUGGGGUGUUAUAAACUGAAGACUGCCACUAACUACAGAGUCCCUGAACACAAGCGUAUGAACACUGAGAAGAAGGUGAUGCAGCUUACAUCCCUGGAAGUGUUGAUCCAUAAGAGGAAAGUGAAUAUGAACAAAGAGAUUAUGUCUUUGCGGGAUCUCAAGACUUCUAUUAUUCAUGAAAUCAAGUGUUUAGUGCAAGAACUGAAAUCUAUACAGGCAGCCUUGGAUUUAUCAGAAUGUCUCCCUCUUCCCCUGAUCCCUCAGUUACACCCAGAUGAAGUUCCAGAAAAAAAAUUUGAGUAUGACAGUGACAUCCUCCUGAAGUUCAAAGAGGAGCAGGAGGCCAAGACAAAACUCCAGGAACAAUUGGCAGGGUCUCCCUCAUCUCAUGCAUUUAGGCACAGGUUUCUUCGAGCUCCUUCCAUUAAAGAGAUUGACCCCAUGGCACAGGCUGCAGGUGCAUGCCCGAUGAAAGUAGCAUCAUCUGCAGUCAUAGAGCAGCAAAAGGUUUUUGAGAUUGAGAAGGCAGAGCCAACAGAAAUGGAACUGGAAAUUUUAAAGAGGGAGAAGAUAAAAAACCUAUAUUUGCAGGACACUUUGAUUAAAAAGAUCAAUGCACUGGUGAUCAACUUUGAUGCUGAACUUCGCUUUCUCCGGCACAAGAAACUGAAGCUGGAUGUGCAGAUGAAAAGUGCUGACCUGCGCUACAUCACGUGGUAUGAAGAGCUGCUUAUCCUGAAGAACCUUGAGAAACAUGAGAGCCUUCUCCAGGGGCGUGUUAACACCCUCAUCAGUGAGCAGGAGGCUGUGCAAUCAAAACUGAAUAGCUACCUUGCACAGAUGGAGGAUAGAAAGUGUGAGACUGUAAAGCUCCAGGAAUGUGAGAAAGCUCUUUAUGCCAAUUUCCAAGCAUCCCUUGGAGAAAACAAUGAGUUUGCCCAUUUUCUGACCAAGGUUCUGAAGAAGAAAAUCAAAUGCGUGGAAAAAAAAGAAGUCGGAAGAGAAGCAGAUGAAGAUGAGAAUGAAGAGGAGAAUGAUGAAAAGUCCAGCUUGGGGACUGAUGAAGAAAACUCUGGAUCUGAAGAUGAAGUCUUUGAUGACUCUGUUUGCCCAAAGGACUGCAACGAGGCACUCUUCCGAAACACCAUCCAGCUCCGGCAGAAGUGGUUAGACAUUGAGAAGGCUUUAACAAAGGAGAAGAAAGUUGCUGCUAACCUCAGAAAGAAAUAUAAUGCCUUGGCGAAAAAGGCAAAAGUAGUGGAAACCAGUCUGGACACUGCAGAGAGGGAACUGGAGACUUUUCAGUGGGAAAAGCAGCAGAGACUGAAUGAACUAUAUGUAGUUGUACCUUUGAAACUCCAUCAGGUGGAGUACUUGGUUAAUGGGGAGAUGCCCCGUGACUUCUCCCAGGCUUUGGUAUUUACCAACCAGUCCUUAGAGUAUCUGCAGAAGAGAAUUGUGGACCUACAUAACGAAAAGAUAAUGCAAAGAGAGAUCUAUAAGAAAGCCCAGGAGCAACAUAAGCAGCUUGUCCAGGACAAAAAGGAGAUGGAGAUACAGAUUCGACGACUGGAGGAGAAGUGCAAUCAUCUGAUGAUGAAGAAGUUUGGCUGGCUGGUUGAUUUUGAAGCAGUUCAAGCACACUCUGUUAACAUACACAUGGAAGAGUUGAAAGUGCAAAUAAUGGAGAAAGAAUAUGUGCACUCCCAGGAGCUCAAAGAGUGGGAGGAAAGAAUCUUAGACCUGCGGCAGCAGCUAAUGAAGCUGACAAAGGAAAAUACCAGCAAGCUGCAGCAGCUGAACCGGUUCUGCCUUGAAAAGCAUCAACUUGAAACUAAGCUGGAUUCACUGAAGAAUGAUCUGGGAUCAGAAUUUCAGGGACCCCGAACUACUGACAUCAAAGAGAAGGCCAGGCUGGAGUCACGGCUCAAGCACAUGGCUCGUGACGCAGCACUCCUAAGAGAAGAAAUCCAUCUUCUAAGCAGAAAAGAUGGGUGCCUCUUUCUACAGACUUUAUCACCACAGGACUCUGAGGCACCAUCUGAAACAUUCCCUGUUCUUACACCAGAAAUGAACGGUGGCUGUUGA